CCGCUGAACAACGGACGCGGCCGAAUUCGGAUAUCAAAAAAAUAUUUAAACUUCGAACUUGAAAGUGUAUCAAAACGUGUUACCGAACUGUUAAUCAAAACAAAACAAAAUUCGAAUAUAGAACGAAAAUUUUUAAAAUAAAAGAAAAUGGCUCAGAUAAUUUUCAAAAUGUUCCUUGUCUUCUGUUUGACUAUCAUCUGUCAUAAUGGGGAGGCUGCAGAGAAUGAUAACACACCAACAAUUCCGGAAUACCUAUUGCCAUGCAGCCGGAGCGAUCCCGAACUAAAUUCUUGCAUCAAGCGGUCCUUCAAUCACUUGCGGCCGUACCUCGCCAUGGGUCUGACAGACCUGGACGUGCCACCUGUGGAGCCGUUGUUCAUAGACCGACUGACGAUGGAGAACGAAGCUGGUCCCGUGCGAGUGAGAGCCACCUUCAGCAACAUCACAGUCAUUGGGCCCAGUAAUUAUACUGUCACAAAAAUCAGAUCAGAUCUGAGGAAGCUGCGAAUCGACAUGGGGCUUGUGUUACCACGCAUUGAAGUCACUGGCCGAUACGAAGUGUCCGGACAGGUGCUGUUGUUCCCGGUACGCUCGCAAGGCGACUUCUGGGCCUCAUUCAACGACGUGGUAGCUAUAAUAAAGAUCUUCGGCAAGGAAAUCGAAAAGCAGGCUGUGAAGUACAUGACGGCUGAUCGUAUGCAGGUGGACUUUAAACUGAAAAGUUCCCGCUUUAAGGUCAGGGACACUGUGAAUCACGGCAGUGUUAUUGGAGAGGCGAUGAAUCAAUUUCUAAAUAAUAAUGCUGCUGAAAUAAUUGACGAGAUGAGACCGGCUGCUUCGGCGGCCAUCGCGAAGCACUUCCGUGUCUUCCUCAACGCUGCUUUUGAGAGGAUACCCAUCGAUGUCUGGCUGACACCCUAGUGAUGUGAACUGAUCAACAGUGACUUUAAAUUACUUAAUAAG